GACCCAAAGAAAUAAAAUUAUUUUGACGGCCAUUCCUCACGCUGUGGAGCUUCCUGCCUGGAGCCUUGGAGCCUUGGUGGUGCUAGCUCAAGCCUUGAAGUGAAAGCAUGAGUGAAUUCUGGUUGUGUUACAACUGCUGUAUUGCAAAGCAGCCUCAGCCUAAAAGGCGGCGACGGACUGGCCGAAGUAUGAUUGGAGAGCCGACAAACUUUGUGCACACAGCUCAUGUAGGAUCCGGAGAUCUGUUUAGUGGGAUGAACUCAGUCAGCUCCAUUCAGAACCAAAUGCAAUCCAAGGGAGGCUAUAGAGGCGGCAUGGCCGCCAGCGUGCAGAUGCAGCUCGUGAUCACGAAAGCAGGGUAGCCCU